AUGGAAGAAGAAGAUCUAAGAAAGACUGACGGCUCUGGCGGGCUUCAAGCCGAAUCGACCAAAACGGACGGUCGCGCGAUCAAACGAGAACGAAGCGAAGACACGUCGGCAGAAGAGGCGCCUCCGGCAACUGUUACUUCGUUGACUGCACCCACAGCGGCAGGCGGCGCGAUCAACGACUCGUCCAAUGUGAAAUCGCCGAAAGCGGCGGCGGGAAAGACGGCGGGAUCGUCUUCGAGCGCAGCGCGGCCGUGCAAGCGGUCGAAGCUGAUCCUGUUUGAGCACCGACUGCCGCGCGACGGGCACGUGUGGCUCAAGUACGGGCAGAAGGAACUGUCAGGCGGCACGCACACCAGUGUUUCAGGGAGGUCAAUCAUAUUCGCGUGUGCCAUGCCUAGUCCUAACCCUUUCCCUUUCCCCUCAUCUCCUCCUCCCUCCAGGCACUACUUCCGCUGCGCGCACCGCGUGGGCGACGAGCAGUGCGAUGCGAAGCGCGUGGUGGACUUCAACAAGAUUUCGCCCGAGAGCGAGCUCGCCAUUUCCUACAGCGGCCGGCACCUGCACGCGCCGCCCGCCACCAUAAUGAUGGGCCUGCACGCCGCCGCGCUCCCCUCACCGCACGCCGCUGCUGAUGCGUCGCCUGUUGGCGGCAGCGGCGUCGGGUGGGCAGGCGAGCAGCGGCUAUCCGCCGAGCGGGAGAGUGCAGCGGAGAGUGAGGGCGGAUGGGCGGGGGAGACGGGCGCCCCCCGGGAGGCGACGGCGGGCGUGGCAGCAGCAGGUGCGGCUGCUGCAGGCGGCGGUGGGUGGAAUGGCGCUUCGGGACAGGCAGCCGCCACUGCUGCUGGCCUGGCGGCUCAGUGGCACGAACGGCAGGAGGAGAAGAUGAGGGGGAUAGCAGUGGGGGCAGCUGCAGCAGGAGGGGGGGCAGCUGCAGCAGGAGGGGGGGCAGCUGCAGCAGGAGGGGGGGCAGCUGCAGCAGGAGGGGGGGCAGCUGCAGCAGGAGGGGGGGCUGGAGGAGGGGGCGGUGAAUCGUUUGGGGCGCGGCAAAGUGCAGAUCGGUUGGGGGCGAGUGGCGCGCAGCAACCCAUGCUCGUGCUUGCUCCAGCCCCCCAUCCGCCGUCCGCCUCCACCUCUGCGUCUCCCCUCCUCCCGACCAGCAGCGCUGCGUGGCACCACCCCCCCUCUGACUCCGCCCCCGUCACCCCUCGAGGCCCCGCCGCGAGCGGAUUGCCAUGGGCCGCGGAGGAGGCGUGCGCGGGAGGCGUGGUUGCGUUGAUGCAGCAGCAGCAGCAGCAGCAGCAGCAGCAGCAGCAGCAGCAGCAGCAGCAGCAGCAGCAGCAGCAGCAGCAGCAGCAGCAGCAGCAGCAGCAGCAGCAGCAGCAGCAGCAGCAGCAGCAGCAGCAGCAGCAGCAGCAGCAGCAGCAGCAGCAGCAGCAGCAGCAGCAGCAGCAGCAGCAGCAGCAGCAGCAGCAGCAGCAGCAGCAGCCAGCAGCAGCAGCAGCAGCAGCAGCAGCAGCAGCAGCAGCAGCAGCAGCAGCAGCAGCAGCAGCAGCAGCAGCAGCAGCAGCAGCAGCAGCAGCAGCAGCAGCAGCAGCAGCAGCAGCAGCAGCAGCAGCAGCAGCAGCAGCAGCAGCAGCAGCAGCAGCAGCAGCAGCAGCAGCAGCAGCAGCAGCAGCAGCAGCAGCAGCAGCAGCAGCAGCAGCAGCAGCAGCAGCAGCAGCAGCAGCAGCAGCAGCAGCAGCAGCAGCAGCAGCAGCAGCAGCAGCAGCAGCAGCAGCAGCAGCAGCAGCAGCAGCAGCAGCAGCAGCAGCAGCAGCAGCAGCAGCAGCAGCAGCAGCAGCAGCAGCAGCAGCAGCAGCAGCAGCAGCAGCAGCAGCAGCAGCAGCAGCAGCAGCAGCAGCAGCAGCAGCAGCAGCAGCAGCAGCAGCAGCAGCAGCAGCAGCAGCAGCAGCAGCAGCAGCAGCAGCAGCAGCAGCAGCAGCAGCAGCAGCAGCAGCAGCAGCAGCCAGCAGCAGCAGCGCAGCAGCAGCAGCAGCAGCAGCAGCAGCAGCAGCAGCAGCAGCAGCAGCAGCAGCAGCGCAGCAGCAGCAGCAGCAGCAGCAGCAGCAGCAGCAGCAGCAGCAGCAGCAGCAGCAGCAGCAGCAGCAGCAGCAGCAGCAGCAGCAGCAGCAGCAGCAGCAGCAGCAGCAGCAGCAGCAGCAGCAGCAGCAGCAGCAGCAGCAGCAGCAGCGCAGCAGCAGCAGCAGCAGCAGCAGCAGCAGCAGCAGCAGCAGCAGCAGCAGCAGCAGCAGCAGCAGCAGCAGCAGCGCAGCAGCAGCAGCAGCAGCAGCAGCAGCAGCAGCAGCAGCAGCAGCAGCAGCAGCAGCAGCAGCAGCAGCAGCAGCAGCAGCAGCAGCAGCAGCAGCAGCAGCAGCAGCAGCAGCAGCAGCAGCAGCAGCAGCAGCAGCAGCAGCAGCAGCAGCAGCAGCAGCAGCAGCAGCAGCAGCAGCAGCAGCAGCAGCAGCAGCAGCAGCAGCAGCAGCAGCAGCAGCAGCAGCAGCAGCAGCAGCAGCAGCAGCAGCAGCAGCAGCAGCAGCAGCAGCAGCAGCAGCAGCAGCAGCAGCAGCAGCAGCAGCAGCAGCCAGCAGCAGCAGCAGCAGCAGCAGCAGCAGCAGCAGCAGCAGCAGCAGCAGCAGCAGCAGCAGCAGCAGCAGCAGCAGCAGCAGCAGCAGCAGCAGCAGCAGCAGCAGCAGCAGCAGCAGCAGCAGCAGCAGCAGCAGCAGCAGCAGCAGCAGCAGCAGCAGCAGCAGCAGCAGCAGCAGCAGCAGCAGCAGCAGCAGCAGCAGCAGCAGCAGCAGCAGCAGCAGCAGCAGCAGCAGCAGCAGCAGCAGCAGCAGCAGCAGCAGCAGCAGCAGCAGCAGCAGCAGCAGCAGCAGCAGCAGCAGCAGCAGCAGCCGCAGCAGCAGCAGCAGCAGCAGCAGCAGCAGCAGCAGCAGCAGCAGCAGCAGCAGCAGCAGCAGCAGCAGCAGCAGCAGCAGCAGCAGCAGCAGCAGCAGCAGCAGCAGCAGCAGCAGCAGCAGCAGCAGCAGCAGCAGCAGCAGCAGCAGCAGCAGCAGCAGCAGCAGCAGCAGCAGCAGCAGCAGCAGCAGCAGCAGCAGCAGCAGCAGCAGCAGCAGCAGCAGCAGCAGCAGCAGCAGCAGCAGCAGCAGCAGCAGCAGCAGCAGCAGCAGCAGCAGCAGCAGCAGCAGCAGCAGCAGCAGCAGCAGCAGCAGCGCAGCAGCAGCAGCAGCAGCAGCAGCAGCAGCAGCAGCAGCAGCAGCAGCAGCAGCAGCAGCAGCAGCAGCAGCAGCAGCAGCAGCAGCAGCAGCAGCAGCAGCAGCAGCAGCAGCAGCAGCAGCAGCAGCAGCAGCAGCAGCAGCAGCACUCCCAGUGGCAGCAAGAGCAGCAUCAGCUUCGGUACCCAGUGCAACAGGAGCAACCACACCAGCUGCAGCAGCAGCAGCCCCCCACUGGCCGCACGAGCAGCAGCAGCAGCAACAGCCCCCCCACUGGCCGCACGAGCAGCAGCAGCAGCAGCAGCAGCAGCAACAGCAGCAGCCGCAGCAGCAGCAGCAUCUCCCAGUGGCAGCAAGAGCAGCAUCAGCUUCAGUACACAGUGCAACAGGAGCAACCACACCAGCAGCAGCAGCAGCAGCAGCAGCAGCAGCAGCAGCAGCAGAUGGCAGGCACAGCAGCGAACUGCCCCCUGCGCUGGGCCGCUUGAGGCGCGCGGACGAGCGGCUGUCCGCGGACGACCUGCACGCCAUGGCCGCGCAUGCUGCCCACUGGGACCCCCCUCCGCCCGUGGCACAGCCUCCGCAGGACGCACUCUCCCUGGACCUGCCUCUUUCCGCUCCCGCUGCCCUCGCUUCCCCCUCGCAGGCCCCUCGGACCCUCUCCCCUUCACGACGCUCGCCUUCUCGCAACCCAGCGUUGUUCCCGCGUCCUUCACGCCCUCCUCCCCCCCGCCCCUCCACUCCCCACCCUCCCGCCCCUCACGGGCGCAGACGCCCCCCCUGGCCCAGCCGCCAUGCCUGA